CUCGCCCUCCCAGUUUCCGGGAGGUAGCUGGCUCCUCGCGAGUAGGGAUCCGUAACUCGGAACCUAUGAGCGAGGAACAGAUGAAGUCGGUGCACAAAUACCUGACCCUCGCCAUUAUGACCCAAUGGUCGAGCGCAAAGGGUGGUGCACCGCAAUUUGUGGGCUUCGUUCACAAGACAGGCUGGAUCCUGGUCACAUGUUGCAACCAGGCGAGCAAGGACUGGCUUAUGAACGAGGUGCCAAAGGCGAAGCCGUGGCCGGAGGCGACACUCUCUGUUAUCCCAGAGGGAGAGCUGCCCAAACCAGCUACGGCGGUCACCUUUAUUCCGGAGUCCGAGGCGUCCUCAAUAGAGGAUGCCUUGGUGCUGCUCAGAGCCCAGAACUUUGGCCUGAACACGGAGCUCUGGAAGGUGCUAGGGGAGAAGGCUGAGCAGGGUGGCAGGGUCGCCACCUUUGCCCUGGAUGAGCCUUCUGCCGAAGCUCUUAAAGCCAAUGGCGGUGAGGUGGUGAUUGGCUUUAAGAAGGUGCUGUUCCGGAUGAAGGGGGGGCCAAAUGCUCCCCCCAAAGAAACGGUCCAGCAAACCCAGCCCCCCGCUGAACCUACUCCAGGCCCCAGUACUGCGGUACCUGGCAGUCGACCGCAAAUCCCCCAGGGCUCUCGUGGCCUGGGUGGUGGGCGUUCGGCAGCCAGAGGGACGGGAGGCAGGACGAGAGGCUCGUUACCCGGUCGUGGCAGGCCCCAGAACUCGGUGGCAAGAGGGUCCCUAAGGGGAACUCCGAUCCAACGAGGCAGGGGAAUGCCCAAUCGGGUACGAAAGAACAACGCCUAAAUGGGGGGCCCGCCGGGGCCCAACACGUGCGCACCUGCGAGGGUCCUGCAAGCAAACAUACACCAUGCGGCAGCCGCCACGGCCAUUGUCGAGAGCCAGCUUGCAGGACACGUCGACCUCGCACUACUACAAGAACCCUGGGUGCGGAACUCAGACAUACUAGGACUAAAAUCGAGUUAUGCACAGACGACCUGGUAGCAGCGUAUGUAAAUCUCAAGGGAUGGAGUGGGCGGAGGGUCAUACUCUGCUCGGCAUACCUCCCUGGUGAAAAGCAAGACCCCUCUGCGGAUCUAAAUGCAGUGGCGGAAUACGCCCGCAGACACAACGCAGAACUGCUGGUGGGAUGCGAUGCAAAUGCUCACCACACCAACUGGGGGAGCACGGACAUUAAUGAUAGAGGUGAGUUAUUACACGACUUCCUUCUAUGCUAUAACUUCCAAAUUCUAAACUUAGGGUGUGAACCAACCUUUGUCACUAGGGUCAGGAAGGAGGUUUUGGAUCUGACUUUUGCAUCCGUAAAUCUAGCCAGGUACAUUCAGAACUGGAGGGUAAGUGAUGUGGAAUCUCUGUCAGAUCACAAACAUAUAUGUUUCAACUUAUCUUUUUCUCUUAGCGUACAGAC